AACACAGUUUUAUUUGUAAUCAUGUCUCUGUUCCAGGUUUCAACAUGAUCUAUCUGCCGUACGCUGACGACCUGCGGACCCUCGAUACCCCCCGCUGUCCGUGGGCCUCAAAAACACAGGUGGACAAGAUGAAGGAGAUCGUCACCAAACUGCGCUUCAAAUACAGGAGCGAUGCGUUUGAGAACCCGGUCAUCCAGCAGCACUACAGGAACCUGGAGGCUCUCGCUCUGGAUAUGGACGCUCCGGAGAACACAGAGGACCUCAUCAUGCCGAAGGUGGAGCAGAUCGACCAGCGUCUGGGUCCUCUGGUUGAGGAAUUCAAGGAUCUGGUUUACCCAAACGGAUACAACCCUGAGAACAAACCAGGAGCCAAACGCAAGACAGCUGAUGCCGGAGGUGGAGCUGAUAAGAAACCCAAAGUGGAGGUAUCUGAAGACGAGCUGCGGGCCCACGUGCAGAAAGGCACCCUGGUAAAACUGACGGUGCCGGUGCUGAAGGACGCCUGCAAACAGUUUGGGGUUCGGACCACCGGCACCAAGAAGCAGGAGCUGAUGGACGCUCUGAUCGCGAAACUCGGACCCUGAGGAGUUCAAUAUGAACCUCACGGUGCCUUCAUGAGCAGAUUAUUUUCAAAAUCCAAAAAUUCUGGUACAUUUCAGGAUUUACUUUAAAAGCAGGUUACAUGUUUUUUUGGGAAAUGUGGGUUGAACCAAAAUACUGUUUGUACAAAUCUAAAACCUUUCUGUUGGGGCUUGAUAAGAUAAAACAUGUUGUUUUAAGGCAACUUUGUUCAGUGCAGUUCAGUGCUAAUGUCUGCAAUUACUGCCACGUUUAAUUAAAAAUGUUUAAAUGUUAAAAAAAACUAUUUUCUAUGUCUGAUCUAAAUUGUUUUCUCAUUUGUUUUAGUGAAUUAGAAAGAAGCAAUAAAAAAUAUGUUUUCCAGUAUAA